GAGAGUUACGCUGCACUGCGUGCUCUGUCGCAAGUUAGAAAAAGACAGGGAGCUUUAAAAUACGUUUGAUCUUUUCUUUUGCCAUUCUAUUCCUACACACACACACAAAGGUGAGAGUAAAUUCGAGAAGUGGGUGUGGAAUGUGAGUUUAACUGGUAGAGCAGCUUACUACACUUUCACAUCACAUCCACUCUUCACUGCAGCGUGACGUGCAGAGCAGCUCGUAGCGCGGCUGUGUCGCUCCUCUGUAUGGAUAUGAAGAGCAUGAGAGAGUAUGUGUGCUGGCUGUACUAUCAGUACCUGCUCAUCACAGGCAUCUAUGUGCUGGAGCCGUGGGAGAAGUCCAUCUUCAACACUGUCCUCUGUACUAUGGUGGCCAUGGUCAUUUACACCUCCUAUGUGUUUGUUCCUAUCCACGUGCGGCUGGCGCUGGAGUUCUUCUCUGAGCUGGUCCGAGGGCAGCCCGAGAGCACAGUGGCCCUCAUGAACUCACCAUGAACUACUGCUCUGAGACUAUUGGCUUGAAUACUCUUGUUUAUUUUCCCACUCAGGAACAAACAAGCCUGAUGAAAUGAGGUGUUGUCAAAGCCAUGUUCGAGCCCGUCAAGUCUUCCACAUUUACCUGGA